AUGCCGCCUGCGGAGAGCACGCAUGUAAGACAUCGAAGAAGUAGAACAGGUUGCUUGACCUGUAGAAAAUUGAAGCAUAAGUGUGACGAGCAGAAACCUGUUUGUGGGAGAUGUCAAAGGACAGUUAGAAUAUGUACAUAUCCAAUAGCAGUAAAUAACAACCCCAGUACCUCUGAAUCUGCCCUACCGUCAUCUUCCAAUCAAGUGAUCAACCUCAAUGUACUUCCCCAUCCCGAAAGUUCACGAGAUGCACAGUUGAAUGCCAUUAUCAAUGCUAUCGGAACGAUCCCACCUGCAAUUACCCUGGUGGAUCUGCUAGCUCUGUCUAUCCCAGAUGUAAAGGAGAGAUCUUUGCUACAACAUUUCCUAUGUUAUGGCACCGUGAACUUGCAUGCGAUACCUCAUCCUGAAAGACCUGUUCAUUGUUUCGAUAUAUCCGAAUGCUUCCAGAACCGUCGAGGUUCGUCCAUGGAGAUUGACUCAUUCUUCCUAUCGAUUAUCUCCAUCGCGGCUGUACAUCGUUCCUCAAUGUUCUUGCAAUUAGAAAAGAAUUAUCUCAAACAAACUCCAAUGGGCAGAUGGGGUGUACCACCUCUACCAUCAUCGAACGAUCCACCAAAUUCGAGCCAGAUCAAAUCCCUUAGAGAUACCAGUAUCCAAUCAUCCAAAGCUGCUAUUGAAUUGGGUAAAAUAGCUCUGAAUCUCAAAUUUUCCGAUAUAGACGUAUCUACCAAUACCCCAAAUGAACCCGACAACAAUGCGAUAGAGGCCCCUGGUGCGAAUGCUGAGAUACAGAAGAUAACCGAUACGAUCUUGACUAGUAUAGUCUGUAUAUGCAUUUCACAAGUGAUGUUAGUCUCGACACAGUGGAAAGAAGCGUAUAAUUUAGGAUUGAAACUUAUCAAAUUACGUGGAGGACCUAUCAAACUUUUAGAAGAAGCUAAGAAGAUAUCGUUAGAUCAUUUGAAUAGGACCAGAACUUUAUUGGAGAAUCUGGCAAUAAUAGAUGUAUGGCAUUGUCUCGCUUCGGGAGCGGCACCUACUUUGCUUGAAAAGGAAUUCCAACCUUGGUGGUUCGACUUUGCCGAGCAGAACACUGAUUCGACACAUCCAGACUCCUUUCAAUUCGUGUGCGGCAUGGACAGGGGGAUGUUAGAAGUUGUUAAUCGAAUCAAUAUCUUGGUUCACGAGAAGGAAGUCUUAUCCAAAUUACCUAAUCCGACCUACAUCACUAUUCACGGUCAGAAAGUACAAGAUAUGUUAUUAGAAUUGGAUAUAUGGGAAGUGACUAUAGGUACUGCAGAUAGAUUACCCCGCGUGCAGCUUGGCAAUCUAAUCAUUGCAUAUACUAUGAGGGUUGUUAUCUGCGUAGACCUGCUAGGAUAUCCCCAUUCUCACCCUACCGUUCAAACUUAUGCCAGCUCUGCUCUUAAUCACUUGGAAAGUUCGAGGUCAUCAUCAUGUACAGUCAACAUGCUCGUGCCGACUUUGAUAGUUGGGUCGAUGAUGUUCACUCCGGAAGGCAGAUAUCAAGCUAAGAGAGUCAUAGAAGCUCUAAGAUCGGAUGCAAGCUUCUCGUACGAUGUAGAAGAAGCUCUGAGGAUACUUGAUCAGUUGUAUAAGUUGAAAGACCAAGGUGUUCAGGAUCCAUCUUGGAGAACUCUCUUACAGGAUAUCCUGCUGUUAUGA